CUUCAACUCGUCGGUGAACAGAGCUGGAAAUUACAACUUCAAAACCACCAACCAUCAACCCGCGAAACUUUCUCCCUACCUGGCUACCCAGUCACGUUUCCAACCUCUCUUCAAGAAAACCGCUUCCACGUCAACCUCUCAAAACCACCACCAUGUCCCGAAGAGCGCCUCCCGGCGCGCGCACCGCUGCCGCCGCCAGCAGCGGCUCGACCUCUUCCUCCGCGCUCGCCGCCAUCAACACCGAAGACAUGUGCCCCGUCUGCAAAACAAUCCGGUACCUCAACAAGGAUAUGGAAUUCCUCAUCAACCCGGAGUGCUACCACUCCAUGUGCUCCAACUGCGUCAACCGGCUCUUCAACGAUGGGCCCAACCAAUGCCCCUACGCGGGCUGCCACCGCACGCUGCGGCGCAAGGGCUUCCGCAGCGCCUUCUUCGGCGACCUGGCCGUUGAGCGCGAGGUCGACAUCCGCCGGCGCGUCGCCGCCGUCUUCAACCAGGUCGAGGACGACUUCGAGACGUUGCGCGACUACAACAACUACUUGCAGAUGGUCGAGGACCUGACGUUCGACCUGGUCUCGGGCACCGACGCGCAGCGGCGCGCUGCCGAGGCGACGCUGCAGCAGUGGGAGGCGGAGCACAAGGCCGACAUUGAGCGGAACCGCAAAGCCGGCAAGGAGGCCGACGAGCAGUCGCGGCGGCGGCUGGCGGCGGAGCGUGAGGCCGCGCGGCAGAGGAGGUUCGAGGCGCUGCGCGAGGCCGAGGAGGAGAAGCGCGAGCGGGCAAGGAGCCGCGAGGAGGAGCUGGAUAGCCUGGCGCAGGGCGAGGCCGGGGCAGCUGGUGGUGCGCAGAGGGUGCAGCUGAAAAAGCGGGGGCAGGCGGCUGCGAGCCGGGCGGUCGAGGCGGCGGUAAAAUCGGACGUGGCCGCGGCGGACGUGGGCCGGUUGUCGAUUCGCGGUCUGAAGGAGAAGAAGAAGGCUCCUCCGCCCGACGGCCCGUACGAUCCUUUUGGAGGGCUCGACUUCAUGCCGAGCAGGUACAAGCUGCGCCCUGGACUUACGCAUCCGGGGGUUGAGAAGUACAAAGUCGAUCCGGCGCACAUCACUGGCGGGUACAACUUUGAUGAGUACGCUGCCCGGGCCAUGUUUGAGGCGUUUGCCGGGCUGGGAGUCUUUAUUGAGGAUGAGAAAGAGGUCGGCAUCGGGCUGUCCGCCGGAGAGGUGGCUACCAUGAGCGCUGGCAUUGCCGCCGUAGGCGACAAGAUGGAGCUGGACUAAGUGACAGGAAUUGAGGGCAGCUAUCUUCUCGGCGAGUCUCUGCAAAGCAUAGCGUCGGCGUUCUGUUUGGGACAUGGAAUCGAAUUUGAAAAGGGGGUAAUACAGGUUUGGUUCGAGUAUAUUACCAGAACGGUGCUUUAAUGCCGAGUGGGACAAGCAUGCGCACAAAAAAGAGCAGAUUAUUAGGUCUUACAGCACUGCUGAGCUGGCUAAGUAAGCGUCGGGGCCCUUACCGUUGUUUUUCGAAGCAAGAUUGCGG